AUGGAGGGUAUGAACUCAUGAUCACUUCACUUUAUCCACUCAACCAACUUCAAACCAUUCUUCACAACAAUGUCUUCUCUCCAAUUCCCAACAAGCCCAUUAACCCCCUCUUCAAUCACCAAAUCCCCCAACCCCCAAACCCAAUUACCCACCCCAAAACACCAUCAAAUCCUCUACAACUCCUACUUCAAACACAUCUCAAUUUCAUCCAAACAGGGCAACCUCCAAGAAGCCGUCAACAUUCUCCUCGAACUAGACUCACAACACUUCGAAAUCGGAGCAGAUGUGUACGGUGAUCUGCUUCAAGGAUGUGUGUACGACCGAAAUCUCUCAUUGGGUAAGCAAAUUCACUCACGAAUUGUCAAAAAGGGUGAAUCUUUUGCUAAAAAUGACUACAUUGAGACAAAAUUAGUCGUUUUUUACGCGAAAUGUGAUCAGUUGGAUGAUGUUAAUGGGUUGUUUAGUAAAGUCGUUGAGAAGAAUGUGUUUUCUUGGGCUGCUGUUAUCGGAGUUUAUUGUAGAAUGGGUCUGUUUGAAAAGGGGUUGUUAACGUUUGUUGAAAUGGUCGAAAGUGGGUUUGAGGGUGAUAAUUUUAUUAUUCCUAAUGUGUUGAAAGCUUGUGGGGGGCUUUUGUUAGUCGGGUUUGGAAAAGGGGUUCAUGGGUAUGUUAUAAAGAUGGGUUUUGAAGAUUGUGUGUUUGUAGCAAGUAGUUUAGUAGAUAUGUACGGGAAAUGCGGGGCGUUGGAAGAUGCACGUAAGGUGUUCGAUAAAAUGCCUGAGAGAAACGUUGUGACGUGGAAUUCGUUGAUGGUGAGUUAUUCGCAAAAUGGGAUGUAUGAAGAAGCGGUUCGAGUGUUUGCGGAUAUGCGAAAGGAAGAUGUUCAACCGACCGUUGUUACGAUGGUUAGCUUUCUUUCGGCUACGGCUAAUCUUUGCGCGGUUGAAGAAGGUAAACAAGGUCAUUCGAUUGCGGUUUUAAACGGGCUGGAUGAAGGGAACAUUGUGGGCACGUCGUUGAUUAAUCUUUAUUCGAAAACGGGUUUGGUUAAAGAUGCGGAGAAAGUGUUUCGCAAGAUGGUGAAAAAAGACGUUGUAGCAUGGAACUUGAUGGUAUCGUGUUAUGUACAAGAUAAAGAUAUCGAAAAAACGUUGAAUUUGUGUAGUGACAUGUUAUUAAACGGAUUAAAGUUCGAUUCGGUGACGAUGACGUUAAUCGCGACUGGUGCAGGCGAUAGCCAGAGUUUAAAACUCGGAAAAGAAACACAUUGUCAAUGCAUUCGAAACAACCUUAUGUACGACAUGGCGGUUGCAAGCAGCAUCAUCGAUAUGUACGCUAAGUGUAACAAAAUUCACGAAGCACGAAGGGUAUUUUCGUCAUUACAGACUAAAGAUCUCGUGUUAUGGAAUACGUUAUUAGCCGCGUAUGCAGAACUCGGGUCAAGUGGCGAGACGUUAAAGUUGUUCUACGAAAUGCAAUUAGAGGGUAUACCUCCGAAUGUCGUUUCGUGGAAUUCGGUAAUUCUCGCAUUCUUGAAAAACGCGCAAGUUAACGAAGCCAUGGUUUCGUUUUCCGAAAUGGAAUCGUUUGGCGUUGAAGCUAAUUUGAUUACACAUACCAUUUUGAUCACGGGUUUGGUUCAAAACGGAUAUGUUGAUGAAGCGAUUACAAUAUUCGUCGAUAUGCAAGAAAAGGGGAUAAAACCGAAUAUCGUAAGCAUAGUGGGCGUACUUUCGGCUUGUAAAAACCGCGCAUCUUUGCAACUUGGAAAAGCGGUACACGGAUACGUAUUAAGGCAUGAAAUGCAUAUGAAUUCCGUAUUAGCAACUUCGAUGGUCGAUAUGUAUGCAAAAUGCGGGAAUAUAAUUCAAUCAAGAAAGGUAUUCGAAUCGAUUUUAGUAAAACAAUUACCGUUAUAUAACGCAAUGAUUUCUGGUUAUGCGUUACACGGGUGUCACUCAGAAGCUAUCGCGAUUUUCCGGGAAUUAACAAAUGAAGGUGUAAAUCCCGAUAGCAUAACGUUCACUAACGUUUUGUCAGCGUGUCGACAUUGCGGAUUAAUAAACGAAGGUGUGGAGAUAUUCGUUAGUAUGGUUACAAAGUAUGACGUGGCGCCAACGAUGGAACAUUACGGUUGUGUGGUGAGUCUUCUUUCGAAAUGCGGAAAGUUUGAGGCGUUUCGGCUUGUUAAAAACAUGCCGUUUAAGCCCGAUUCGCAUAUAUUGGGAUCGUUACUUGUGUCGUGUAGAGAACAUAACGAGAUUGAUAUCGCAAAGCAUUUAACGGAGAAUUUGAGUAAGUUGGAACCAGAUAAUUCGGGAAAUUAUACGGCGCUUUCGAAUGCGUAUGCCGCAAAUGAAAUGUGGGAUGAGGUGUCGGAUUUGAGGAGUUUAAUGAAAGAAAAGGGGAUUAAGAAAAACCCCGGGUGUAGUUGGGUUCAAAUCGGGAAAGAACUUCAUGUUUUUGUUGCUAGUGAUCGAUCGAAUUCGCAAAGUGAUGAGAUUUACGCGAUGUUAGCUUUAUUGAGAGCGGAAAUGAAAGCAUAUGUGAAUCUUUGACCCAAGGGUAGGUCAAAGUCAAACGGGUCGUUCUUCGUGUUAAGUAAAAUUCUGGGUGUAGUUGGGUUCAAAUCCGAAAAGAACUUCGUGUUUUUGUUGCUAAUGAUAGAUCGAAUUCACAAAGUGAUGAGAUUUACGCGAUGUUAGCUUUAUUGAGAGCGGAAAUGCAAGCAUAUGUGAAUCUUUGACUUGAUUUUGGUCAAACGGGUCGUUAUUUGUUGAAUGUGGGUCAUCGGUGGAUCGGACAUCUAAGAGAUAUGCACAUACAUACCCUGUAAAAAGUUUCAUAAUUUGCAGAAUUUUGUAGCAUAGAGAAAUUAAAAGUAAAAAUAGUUUUUGUAGUGUAUCU